UUGUCACAUGGUAAGAAAGCCCGGAAAUAAUUUGUCAAAUCCGGCGAAGAUAACACAAGUAGGGAAAUGUGGCGGGCGUAAAGAACACACAACAGCUUGCAAUAUUAUAUCCCUUUCAGUGUCGAUCGGAAGACCGUUGGCUUACGAAGCUCAAAUUCCUUUCUCUUGCUUCAAGCAAUGUAGGCUGAUGAAACGAACAGACGGCAAAAACUUUGUAUAACUGUACACAUUAUUCUACAUGGACAAAGACAAGUUCGCUGUGAGCCAUGACCCAUGCUCCUGGUUGGAGAUGCACCAGUUCAUUGGAGACCUGAUGGUGUCUGGGGGGGCUCUGGGGCUAAAAGACACCCCACCAGCAGGCUCAGCCCCAGGCUCAGCCCAGCCCAGACAGGUCCAGGCCCAGGCAGAGAGCAUUAGAGAGGCCAGAGACAUCAGUGGACAAGCUCAGCACCAUACCUGCACUUGCCCUGGCUGCCCAUACUCUUCCUCAUUUUCCUCCUUCCAGACCAUAAAGCCCAGAGGCACUGUGUCCUCACAGCCCGAGCCCAGCAGCACCUACAGCCCAGAGCUCAGUCAGCCCCAGAGUCAGGACAAGGAGACCAGCACCCAUAGCCCCAGCCCAGCCCCUACCACUUCCACUAACCAGGGUACUUCUUCACCAAGCCCCCUGCCUCAAAUUCCCACCUUCCCUUGUUUCUGCUGCCGCCGGGGCUUCCAGACCUGCACCCAGCUACUGCACCACCAACAGGGGGCAGCAGACUUUCCCUUCUCCCAGACGCACACCCACUACCACCACCACUGCCCACUUACCACCUGCCUGCCCCACCACCACUCCCACCAUGGCCUGUCCCCUGGCACCUUCCCCUGCCUGUCCUGCCAGCAUUCCUUCCCCUCCUGCUCCCAGCUCCUCCACCACCAGCAGUGCCACAAACCCCCCCAGAACCAUGUUGGAGGGGUGACCACAGUGUCCCCCACCCUACAUCCAUGCAUGCACUGUCCAGCCUCCUUCCCCCGACCCUCUCAGCUGCUACAGCACCAGCGCACCCAGCACGCUCACAAGGCUGGCGGCUUCCUGUGCACUGAGUGCGGGCGCGCCUUCAACUCCCACUCCAACCUCCGUAUCCACCUCAACGUACACACCGGCGCCCGGCCCUACUCGUGCCCUGACUGCGGCAAGAGUUUCAGCCAGUCGGGAGCGUUGAAGAUCCACCGUCGCAUCCACACUGGGGAGAGACCCUAUACCUGCACCUACUGUGGGAGGGGCUUCCCCCACCUGGCCGGGGUCCGGGCCCACCAAAGGACCCACACAGGUGAGAAGCCCUACCGCUGCACCCAGUGUGGGAAGUGCUUCACCCAGUCGGGGGCACUGAAGAUCCACACAAGGAUCCACACCGGGGAACGGCCGUUUGUGUGCAGCCUCUGUGGGAAGGGCUUCUCCAACCGCUCCGGCAUCCGCUUCCACCAGCGCACUGUCCAUGGGAUGGUGUCGGAUAUGGAAGGGGGUGGAGGAGCCGGUGGGUCCCAUAGGGGGAGACAGAGUCUAGGCAGCUCAGCUGCUGUGGGACGCCCCAGUGCCAAUCCAAACAGGAUACGCAACAGCCCCCAUACUGACGUGUGCUCUAGCAUUACUCCUGCCCCGACCAAAAUCCUUUCCCCUGAGUCUCUCCUUGCUCCUGCAGGGUCAGGUCUGACUAUAACCUCAGACAAAGAGCCCCAGUUCCAGUCUAGCGGUGUGAAGAUCCCCUCCGGAAGAGCAGAACCAGACAGUAGCAGGGAAGGAAGGGCUCAGCUGUACACCUGUGAGGACUGUGGGCUGCGUUUUGGGGACGCUCCCUCCAGAAACAGACACCAAACUCUAGAGCACUACUCCACAGAAGGGGUAGAGGAGGAUGACCUGGGGGACACCGAGGGGUGAGAGAGAGGGAGGGGUGAGAGGGAGUGAUGGAAGCUUGAUGCAGUAGAUUGUUGGAUCAAAGGCUAAGGGAGAGGUGGGAAAACUGGAAUGGGAACAUGGAGAGGUGAGACGAGGCCGAAAGCUUGAGACUCAUCGAGGAGGAAAAUGUGUAAAGGCAUGUUGGUGAAGGGAGGGUGAGAAGACAAAGUGAAACAUUAAGUGUCUAUCAAUGGGAUCUAUGACAUAUUUCAGAUUGAAUUCCACUUUAAAAGAUUCCAGGCCUAAGGAAGUCUUUUGCGAUAGUUUUCACAUUUUGUGAGUCCAAUUUUCUCUUUGUCAAAAAGUCAAGUACUGGCCUCCCGGGUGGCGCAGUGGUUAAGGGCGCUGUACUGCAGCGCCAGCUGUGCCACCAGAGACCCUGGGUUCACGCCCAGGCUCUGUCGUAACCGGCCGCGACCGGGAGGUCCG